CCCAGUUGGGGACAAGUAGCCAAAAAACGGGGGCGAAGAAGCAUCUCCCGCGUAUUUUGACUCCUGUCUUUUGGCAUUAUAAGCUGUGUGUUUUUUUUAUAUAUAUACUCCAUGUUUGUUCAUUAUUGUCAUAUUAAAAAAGAUGGCAAGUCUCAGUCAGGAACUAAAGCGCUGGGCUGUUGAGGAACUUGAGUUGCCAGCAGCCAGACUCCCGGAUGACGGCUAUAUAAAGACGUUGUGUGUCGGUCCUGGAGCUUCCAUCUGGAAGUAUAUCACACAACAUGUUUAUAAGGAAAGGAACGUUCGAGUCAUGAGGGGGAAUAUUCAGUGGUACAAAGUUUUGCAAGACAAAGAGCUUAAACAGUUGAAAAAUCAGAGUAAAGAUGCGAGAAGGCUUGAGCUUCAGAGAGAGAUUGAUGCCCUUCAGACUGAACUCAAUCAGCUGGACACAAAGAUCAGUAGAGCGGAAGAUCAACUUGCUACUGAAGAGAAGAACGUGAACAGGAACUGGGAGGACUUCACGGAGAGCAGGCAUAGACAGAUCCUGUUAGAUUCUUUCAGACAGCGCUGCUCAGAGGAGAGAAAUGUACUGUUAGAGGACACGCGUGUGAUUGGCACUCAGCGGUUUGCCCUGGAAGAGCUGUCCAAGAAAGCAGAGGUGAAGCUGGUGUUUGGGCCAUCUGACAGUUCAGACAGUGAAGCCGGAGCAGAUCCAUUGGUUUUGAAAGAUGUGAGAGAACUCUGCAACGAGAGGGUUCUCUUCUUCCAGGGCCUUCUAGACAGUGAACUUCACUUGAAUUCGUCCACUGAAGUUACUCGCGAAGAAAGGAAAGCGGUGAUCCAGCAUUGGACGAGUGCAGUGGAGAAUGUUCUACGCUCUCAUCCUCCAAACCAAGUUCUUUCAGCUCUGCAAGCCUUGAUCUCCAGACAGCAGGUGGCUUUAGAAGAGAAGAUUGCUGUGUUGAAUGUGGAGCAUGAUGUUUCGGAUCUAGGGUUUCGUUAUGAAAGCAAUCGCCUAAUAGAUGUAUCGGCUGAGCGGAAAGAGGAGUUAACACCUGUCUGCAGUCUUUUACAGUCUGCCUGGGAGGAGGUGGAGCAGAGUUAUUUUGAACUGGCACAGACUCGCAACAGAUGUGGUCAGUUGCAGACCGAACUCAUGGCUUUGAUGAGAAAAGCAGAGAUGGGGCACGGAUCAGACCCAGUGUCCAGGUGUGUGUUUGAGUUGGAGAUGGAGGGAGUAAAGCAGUCAGCAGUCAGAGACCACGUCAGAGAGCAGUGUGCUCAGCUACAGCUGCAGGCCAGAGAGGGACAGGAAGCCAUCAGGACCCUGCAGACACGGUGUCAAAGUGUCAUGGACUUCAGACAGCUUGUGGACAGAAGACAAGAGCAGAUACGGCGCCUUAUCAAGGGAAACUCCACCGUGAAGACCGAAUUAACCCGUCUCCAUGCAGAGGUUGGGCAAUUUACUCAAGAAAAGCUCAAUCCUCAAUUUGAUCAAGUGAUUAAAGCCAGCAGUGGACUGCGCAACUCUGUGUCACAAGGGGCCAAGCACUUCAGCUCUGUAGCACUGGCUGCACUCAAUCGCAGGGUCAUGAAGGGAGGGCAGAAACCACCAGCAGCUCAGCUUUCCAUUCACCGGAUACAGUCCCCAGCUUUCCACAAACUCUGUCAAAGUCUGUCGUUUCCCAUGUACAUGGCUCCAGAAGAGCUGUGGUCUCAAGUUGCAGUUUUAAGGCUGGAAUUAAGAAAUCUGCGCAGGCUCCUUCAGCUUUUCUCAGAGUCAUCAGCAGACCUGCAAAAACUGACUGCACGGCUUCCAUCGCCUGAUCAGCAGACUUUGGUGCAGCGUGUGAAGAUGGUAGAUGAAGAGAUUCUGCAGACGUUGCUCCCACGGGCCCGUGAGCUCACACAGAGGUGCUCAAAAGGCCUGCUUUACACAGAACAAGUGAAGAUGGCUAUUACACACUGGUGGGAGCAGCCUGGACAGUUUGCCCUGCCUGAGAUGCAGAGAGAGGGACUGACUUUCCAACAAUGGCUUCAACGAUGGAAACUGGCAACAAAGGAAUCUUAGUUUAACAUUUGAGAGCAAAGUACUUCAUCCGUACAUCAUUUAUUUUUCAUUUACUUCCAGUUAAUUCUUGCUUUCUAUUCAAAAUAAUCUGGGAUUUAAUCAUAACCUAGGAUUCCUUGGUUAACUUUUCUGCAACACAUUUAGUUUGAGGAUACAUCCUGUUAAAUAUUUUAUGCACUUUUUCUAGAUUUCUCAAAUAAUCUGUUGGAAUAAAGAUGCAGUUCUAUAUUGUGUUGUGGUGUCGUACGUCUUCCUUUUGAAAGUAGACGUUGCUGAGAUCCAGAAUGCAUGUUGUUUACAGUGUAGUAAAGCGUUCUCUUGUAGGAGCAUGUGUAAUGAGACAGAAUUUCAUAAGCAAUUAUGAAUAGUAACAGUAGUGGUACUUCUGGGUUAGAUCAAACAUUUCUGUAAACACAAAUAACUUUCUAUUACUGUAAAUAAUUUUGAGAUGCCACUGGUGUAUAAUCAGAUUUAGUCUUGCGUAGCCUUUAAAGACUGAUUUGUAAUCUGUGUAAAUGUACUUUUAUAUGAUUUGAACAGAAAUUGUUAGACUGUUUUCAAAGGUAAUAAAAGAGACUUUAAAAAUCA